AUGGAGAAUUAUGGUUUGGUUACAUACUGGGAGACUGCUUUGCUCUAUGAUGAUCAGCAUUCUGCUGCUGCUAAUAAACAGAGGGUUGCAAUUGUUGUAGCUCAUGAACUAGCACAUCAAUGGUUUGGCAAAUUUUGUUACAAUGGAGCGGUGGACCCAUUUAUGGCCAGCAGAUCAGUACACAGAACAAGACCAAUUAAGCGAAACACAUUGAAAUUAAGCAACAGAGAUGUGCCUGAAAAUAAUCCUUCAUACACCACAGUUUAUGUUGGCAACCUUCCCCAUGAUGUAACACAAGUUGAACUCCAUUGUCCAUUCCAUGCAUUGGGAGCUGGGGUACUUGAGGAGGUCCGAGUUCAGAGGGAUAAGGGUUUUGGAUUUGUCGGAUACAAUACUCACGAGGAAGCAGCACUGGUUACUCAGAUGGCUAAUGGAAGACCAGUUCAGGGGAAGACGAUGAAGUGUUCAUGGGGUAGCAAACCAACUCCUCCUGGGACAGCUUCGAAUCCAUUACCUCCACACCGACUGGCUGAAAUAAGAAGAUUAUGCGAAGACUACAAAAGAAAGAGAACAAUAGCAAAAUUACAUACUAACCAUCCACUUCUCUCUGAUGUGUAUGAGCUUUGCAAAACAGUCUUCGCUUCGCAUAGUAGCUGGAAUUGA